AGCAACAGCAACCCACUCCUUGCUCGAUCUGACUCCUUCCUGCUUUGUGACACAAGAAAUCCAGGAAAAAAUGAAACUCGAUCGGAUUUUUAUAUUUUUCAUUCUGUUAUUGCUUGGCAUCUUAUUCUAUUGGGUGUGUUACCUGGGCUACAACCAAGAGAGUUACAGAAAACAACAAACACAGACAACGGAUCCAAGCAUUGUCAAGAACAUAUUGAUGUCAGAGGAGAAGCAUAAGAACUUGGGAUUGCAAUCAUCGCCAGGGUUUUUGUACAGUCAGCCCAGUCUCCUGGUGGGCAGUCGUACAGAUGUUGUUUCUGUGACACCAUGGUUGGCUCCAAUUGUUUGGGAAGGGACCUUUGAUUCCAGUCUAAUAGACUCUAUGUACAAAAAAAAAAACAUCACCAUAGCGACCACAGUCUUCGCUUUGGGAAAAUACACACGUUUUCUUAAAGAAUUUCUGGAGUCAGCAGAGCAACAUUAUUUUGUCGGAUAUCGAGUGCGUUAUUACCUGUUUACAGAUCGACCAGAAGAGGUUCCUGAAAUAAAGUUGGGUGAAGAACAUUAUCUUACGAUACUGAAGGUCCCGAGUAUGGACAGAUGGCAAGACAUCAGUAUGGGCAGGAUGGAAAUAUUGGAAAAACUAACCAAGAGUGAACUGGCCAGCGAGGCAGACUACAUUUUCUGCCUUGAUGUGGACGCAAAGUUCUAUGGCCCCUGGGGUGUGGAGACUUUAGGUCGUCUAGUAGCUGUGAUACACCCUUGGUUCUAUGGUUACCCACGGGACCAAUUCACAUAUGAACGUAGGCCAGAGUCACAAGCAUUCAUUCCAGCUGGGGAAGGGGAUUAUUAUUACACUGCUGCUGCGUUUGGUGGCACUUUCAAAGAAGUACAUGAACUCACCAAAUACUGCCGCGAACAGCAGAGCAUUGAUGCAUCUAAGGCCACUGAGGCAAUAUGGCACGAUGAGUCUCACUUGAAUAAGUACUUACUUUAUAAUAAACCUAGUAAGUUGCUCUCACCUGAAUAUCUGUGGCGGGACAUCAGUAUGAGGACCAGCCAAGUGAAAGUCAUUCGCUUAUCUCAUGUAGCUAAAAAUAAUGAGGAGGUUCGCCAAAAUGCAUAGCAACUGUUUCCAAUGACAUUAAUUAGCCACAUGGACAUGUUGGGUGACCUCACAUGCCUCCAGAAAUACAUUGCGAAUCUCGGAUAUGUUAACAGGUAAAACUGAUAACAGGGAAGGCACAGAAAUUCUUGGAAACUCACAGACAUUCACGUGGACAAUUAUGUUAUGAGGCACCAAGAACCAAAUCUGCCUUGAAUAGACAAAAAUGCUAAAUUGUUAUGUAAUUUUUUUUUUCUUUGUACAUUAUUUUUCAAUUCAUUGUGCAACCAAAAAACAAUCUGAAUUUCUUCCUCUUGGUUUUAUGCAUUUGAUUUAGCCUGGCUUUAAAUUACACAAGUUUCUCUGGUACUGACUCAGAACCUUACAUCUCAAAAAGAAAGAAUAGAAAGAGAUUUUAUUAGUAUUUUUCAUGUCCAACUUUAUAAAUAAUCUGGGAUCUGCUGGGUUUCUAGCUAUUAUAGUCAAAUUCAGGAUGUAAGUACAAUGAAGGGUUUAUUUUGAGGAAUUUCAUUUUAGGGAGGAAUUCCUUUUUUAUCACUCAGGUUUUUUACAUUAAACUACAUUAAACAAGCAAUAUUUAAAAUAAAAAACCUCAUGCUUUUGUUGUUUGUUCUUUU